AUGAAGCUUCUCAACACCGCUCUGGUGAUUGCCUUGAGCGUCUGGAACGUCGCCAACGCUGCUGCGGUGCCCACUGCAUCCUCCGAUGUCGCCAUGUUGACCUCCGACGCCGUCGCGAGACAAGAUCCACCUUCUCACGGCAUGUGCUACCUCUACCUCAACAUCGUCGAGAAGAAGCCCCAGAAUCCGCAAGAUAUCGACACCACCGUCUGGGUCGCCCUUUCGGACGGUCAGAACAAGACGAUCGAAGGCAUGACGUACCUAGCCAUGACAGCAAAACACACACUAACAUCACGCAAUUGGGACGACGGUGAGCCUCUCAAGGGCAUGCUCAACGGAAAGUCGAUCGACGGCAAGCCACCGGGCCAAGCACUCAAGAUCCACGGUCUCUUCAAGCCCACGGACACCUUCAGCCUUAGGUGGAUCAACAUGACUCCUGGUGCACACUGGGAGUGGUUCAAGUUCCAGUAUACUGGCGGUAUGGUCGGCACUGUCGAAUUCGACGAUAGCUUCAAGGGCUGGAAGGAUGCUUCGUGCAACCGCACUGAGUGGGUCAACCAGGACCGGGACUAUUGGGACAGGCUGUCGACCUGCUACUUCGAGUGCUAG